AUGAGACAAUUACAAUCGUUUUCUUUCAAAGUUCAAAGUAAAUUGACUAUAAACCACAAAUGGGGUUUAGACAUCACGAAAAAUAAUAAAAUAAAUAUCUUUAUGCAUUCUACUGUAGACAAUAGAUAUUUUUAUGAAUUAAUACAUACUAUUGUCAUCCUUUUAAAAUUCUUCUUAAAUUUAAGUUCUAAAUGGUACGAUUCUGAAGGUUCUAUAACACGUUCAUUUUGUAAUUUCUUUGAACGAGGCGUUACCUACCGAUAUAUUCGUACUUUAUUUACAAUUUUAAUGUUUGUUUUGAUGGCUGCUUACGUGGCAUUGAAUUAUUCAACUAAUUUUGAUAUAAAUAAAGCCCUGGAAAAAGUCAACAACUUAUCUUUGAUAGAAUCAGUGAUUGAACAAGAACCAUUGGAACAGAGAAACUACUACGACCUGGAAGAUGGUAUCACAGAUGAAGCAAGAAGAUAUAUGAAAGAAUUAGGUUUGGUAAACCCUGGAGGUAAUAGUGAACCAAUUAUUCUAUCUCAGAAUAUUUCUCUUGAAAUAAGAAAACUUAUGAAUGAAAGCAUAGAAGAAUUUGGAUUUAACGCCUUCCUUUCGAAUAUGAUCAGUCUUAAUAGAAAUGUUACCGAUUUUAGAAGUGACAUUUGUAAAAAUAAAGUUUAUAACAAAAACCUUCCCAAGUGCUCUAUCAUAAUAGUAGUGCAUAAUGAAGAUUGGAUGUUAUUUAUGCGAACCAUUCACUCAGUUUUGCUUCGAUCACCUCCAGAACUAAUCGAAGAAAUUCUUAUUAUUGAUGACGCUUCAGAUAAAGAAUGGCUACAUAAGCGCUUAGACGAAUAUAUUAAGAAGCUUCCAAAAGUAAGAAUCAUCAGAUCUUUCGUUCGUAUAGGUAUAAUUGGUGCUCGAAAUCUGGGUUCAUUAAAUGCCAUUGGUCCUAUUCUUGUUAGUCUUGACAGUCAUGUUGAAGUUGGUCCUGGAUGGCUUGAGCCCCUACUAGAUCGAUUUGUUGACAAUAAAAAAAGGCUUGUGUGCACAAAACUUACAGGCAUCAAUAAAGAAACCUUCAAACCUGGUUUUGGUUCAAGUGCUGCAAAUUCAAUUAAUGCUAUGAAUUGGAGAUUAGAUAUGAAUUGGUAA